AAUUGUUGGUCUCAUUUCAGAAUCAACGAUCAGAGACGAAAUCUCUCGGGUCGCAUCAAAUUCUAGCCUUCGUGUUGAGUUGUGUUAUCCAGUAGUCACCGGCGAAAAUGACAGAUUCGAAGUACUUUUCGACCACGAAGAAGGGGGAAAUCUUUGAGCUAAAGGGUGAGCUCAACAGUGACAAGAAAGAGAAGAAGAAGGAGGCCGUAAAGAAGCUUCUGACAGCUCUGAAUGAGUGCACGGAAUGGGGCCAAGUGUUCAUUCUGGAUGCUCUUACAAAUUACAAUCCGAGGGAUGACAAGGAAGCUCAGAGCAUUUGCGAAAGGGUCACUCCGCGAUUAGCCCACGCCAAUGCUGCGGUUGUUCUCUCUGCCAUUAAAGUACUUAUGAGGCUGGUGGAAACUACCAACAUGGACUCGGAAUUCGUGGCAACACUGCUGAAAAAGUUGUCUCCUCCCCUCGUGACGCUGCUUUCGUCGGAGCCCGAAGUGCAAUACGUUGCCCUUCGCAACAUCAACCUGAUUGUCCAACGCAGACCGGACAUUUUGAAAAACGAGAUGAAAGUCUUCUUCGUCAAGUACAACGAUCCGAUUUACGUCAAGCUGGAGAAGCUGGACAUCAUGAUCAGACUCGCCAACGGGUCCAACAUUGCACAAGUGCUUGCGGAAUUGAAAGAGUACGCGACGGAAGUGGAUGUGGAUUUUGUGCGGAAAUCCGUGCGUGCCAUUGGACGGUGUGCCAUUAAAGUGGAGACGUCGGCGGAAAAGUGCGUUGCCACUUUGUUGGACCUGAUCCAGACCAAGGUGAACUAUGUCGUGCAAGAAGCCGUGGUUGUCAUCAAGGACAUUUUCCGCAAGUACCCCAACAAGUACGAGAGCAUCAUUUCCACGCUGUGUGAGAACCUGGACACUUUGGACGAGCCGGAAGCCAGGGCGUCCAUGAUUUGGAUCAUCGGCGAGUACGCUGAGAGAAUCAACAAUGCCGACGAGUUGCUCGAGUCCUUCUUGUCUAGCUUCUCUGAUGAGAAUGCCCAAGUUCAGCUCCAGCUUCUCACUGCCAUUGUCAAGCUGUUUUUGAAGAAGCCGGCAGAUACGCAGGAACUGGUGCAGCAAGUGUUGAGUCUGGCUACUCAGGACUCGGAUAACCCGGAUUUGAGGGAUCGAGGUUUCAUUUACUGGAGAUUGUUGUCGACGGACCCGGCAGCUGCCAGAGAAGUUGUGCUUGCUGAGAAGCCACUCAUUUCUGAGGAGACUGACAAACUCGAACCCACUCUCUUGGAUGAGCUCGUUGUGCACUUGGCAUCGCUGGCGUCAGUGUACCACAAGCCGCCGUCUGCCUUUGUGGAAGGCGCCCAACUCAACCGAGUUGUGGGCUCGAGGCGGUCGACGCCUGCGACCAGCAGUGGCGGCAGCGGGGAGCCCACAGCUCCUGUGUCAACUGUCAUCCCGAACCAGGACUCACUCAUUGGCGACUUGUUGGGUCUGGACCUCGGGGCGCCCAUGUCUGGUGUCGCCGAGCCUGCUCCCAAUGCCCCGGUGGACAUCUUUGGCGGCGGUUUGGACAGUUUGAUGGGAGGAGAUGCGUUUGGAGCACCUGCAGGGCCUCCUGCCCCAGCUCCCAGUGGAUUGGCGGGUUUUGGGGUGCCUGUAGCAUCUGCCUCUGGGUUGCUGGGUGAUGUGUUUGGCACUCCCGCUGUUCCCACGGCUUAUGUCCCGCCUAAGCAGGUUUGGGUUCCGGCUGCCAAAGGCAAAGGCCUCGAGGUGUCGGGCACUUUUGCCCGUCGUCGCGGGGAAGUCGUGAUGGAGUUGACGCUGACCAACCGGGCCAUGCAGCCCAUGUCUGGAUUUGCCAUCCAGUUCAACAAGAACUCGUUUGGGCUUCUUCCUGCUGCGCCUCUCGUGAUGAACGCUCCGCUGUUGCCCAACUCUGUGCAGGAAGUCUCGCUUCCGUUGAGUGCCGGUGCUGGCCCCGUCAUGAAAAUGGAUCCCAUCAACAACUUGCAGGAUUUUUCGCUAAAACUAACUUCGGCUUUCAGGAUAAAGUGUUUUGACGCAUUAUUACGUUUCUCGCAGGUUGCCUUGAAGAACAAUGUGGACGUGUUUUACUUUGCUGCUCUCGUCCCGAUGCACGUUUACUUGACUGAGGAUGGACAAAUGGACAGGAAGGUUUUCUUGGCCACUUGGAAAGAUAUCCCGGCGAGUGCAGAGGUUCAAGUUACAAUUCCCGACUUCAAUUUGACUCCAGACGGAGUCUCUGCAAAGUUGCAAGAGAACAACAUUUUCACGAUUGCCAAGUGGACGGUGGAAGGCCAAGAUCUUCUGUAUCAGUCUGGGAAAUUCCCGAAUGGAAUUUGGGUUUUGGCCGAGUUGAAAAUCAAGCCUGGGACGAGUGAAGCUAUUUUAUCAUUGAAAUCGAGAGCAGCAGAUGUGAUUCCGGGUGUGCAACAAAUCUACGAAUUGCUAAUGAAACGAGUGAGUCGAGAAGAGAGUCCAGGGCCUGAGCCUCCGCCCAAUGUGAAAAGGACCAAGGUGAUCCUUCCGAAGGGCGUCACUAUGGAAGAUCCUUCCAUUCGCUCAGCCCUGGAGAAGCUCAUGGCAGCAAACCCGGAUGCCAAUGUAGUUCGUGUUGUCAAGGUGACCAAGACUGUGGAUGCCCUGCCCAAGUCAGGCGUGAAGGAUGAUCUCAGUGCGCUGUCAAGGGCGAUGGCGACCCAGACAUUGGACGACCUGCGCAAGCAACACGAGCGGCUGUUGAUUCUCAACGACCAGUUGAGAAAAAAGUGCGAAAUUGCCGAAGAAAGGGCAGAAUCUGUGUUGAAAAGAGUCGGCCCUUAUGCGUCUGAAUCCUCCGCCGCUUAUGUUGGAGCUGGUGGUGGCACUAAAACUGCCAAGACAGCGGAGACUAUCAUGGCGAAAUGUGCGCGGUACAUGACGCCAGUCGUGGCCAAUUUUUUUGCUUGCCAAUUCCGCAACAACACGCGAACUGAGGGCUCCCGACGCUGGCUGGACAAUGAUUUCCUGUUUGCCUUCACCAUCUACCUCCAGAGUCCACACGCUUAUUUGUACCUGUCCAAGGUCGUCGCUUUGCCGCCCUUGGAAUCGCUCAACAGGUGGCUGGACAAAGUGGAGGUGAAACCGGGAGUGCAGCUGGACUUGAAAAUGUUCGAAAACUCAAUUCUGGGCUGUUUGGCCAGCAAAUCUGGUGAUUUCUCCUGUCAGGAAAUGCAGAAAAUUGCAGACCCCAACCACCUAGUCUUUCUCGAGCAACCGAAGUCGAUGAAGCUCCAAAAUUCGGUUUCUCUGGAGGAUGAGGACGUGGGUGAAGAGAUGGAAGAAGUCGAAGAAGACCAAGAGGAAGAAGAUAUCAAAGAAAGUCUACCCGAAGACCAGGAAGAAGACCAGCAUCAUAUCGUCGGCCAGUCGUUGGAAUACUACGCGGACAGUUCGGAGCCGUCGGCGGACGCCACGGAAUUCGUGAUUCAAGCCGAAGACGAACACGCUGUGGAAGAAAUCAUUGGAGACAACGAAGAAGAGGAAGUUGGAGAAGAGGAUGAAGAACACAGGGACGGUGAUCUCGAGUCGUAUGAUGCCCUGGCUGCUGCUGUGGCUGACAUCACUUCUUCCUUGUAGACUGGAGGAAGGAGAAACAAUUUUCCGCUGGGCUAAUUUUAUAAACUACUAUUUUUUUGCUAAUGACGUUGAUGUUCAUUUAUUUUUUCGUCUUGAGGGUUGGGGAAGAAGAAGAAGAUGAUCGUGGGAUCAAGAGGACCGACCAUGUUCUGCAUUUACGCGAACUUGAGACGCUCAUUCAUUUUUUGGACGAAAUGAUGAUUGAAUUUUCCUAAGCUCGCUAGAAUUAUUUCUACAACUGAGGUUGAGUUGAAAAACAGAUGAAAACGAAGUCCCAACUGCUCACAAAUGUUGCACUUUUCCCUUCUCAACAUUUGUCGUACCCUUGCUUUUUUUUUACUUUCACUUGAGCUAAAAUUAAAAUAAAAUUUAUCUAAGAUGUGGCAUAUAAAAUGUUGGUGCUUUUCAAGGAGUACGUGACAAAAUUUUCAAAACUCUUUUUUUUUUUUAUUUUUUUUUUUUUUU